GGCGCGAUGCACUUGAGAUCUAGGAAAGGAAGGUGGUAACUAUUUCAGUGCGAUUUGGGCGCCAAAGGAGAGGAGAAGGGUGUUCCAUGGCGAGCUUCCGACGACUUCUGACUCCGAAGAGGAGCUUUCUCUCUUCUCCUUUCCCCUUUGAAAGGAUUUGCCGAUUCCAUGCAGUUCCGGGGGAGCAAGGCUUCACAAGCGUAUUUUCGAGGGUCUCUGACCUAAAGCCGAACCGUCGCGUAUCGAAUUUGGGAAGGGUAUUCGAUUACGUCAAAAGAAGUUAUUUCUGUCGCACCAGUUCUUCAGGAAAGUGUUUAAGCUUCAGUAUUUUGUUUGGAGUGCCGCUUGCAACAGGAUUAUAUGGCGGGUCCCCUAAGGUGUACUGUAUGAAUGAGGAUAAGUCUUUGAUGGAAACACAUGAUUCAGAUGUAUUAAUGCAGUGGAAGGAACACACUUUCUGGAUGUGGGCGGUGAGACUUUGGCUACCAAUAGUUUCAGUUGCCAGUGUUCUGAUUGGCUGGAGACAUCCUCUAUCUCUUGCUAUAGACUUCGCCCUUCUUCUGUUCACCACAAAACCAAGUCAACAUUCAGUAUAUCUUUUCAUUGAGCAGUGGCAGAAUCCUUCAGUUUGGAGACAAGGACUUGACAGAACGAAGGUGUUUUCUACGAAGAAGGUUGAAUUUCAGGACUAUGGGCUUCUGUCUUUGGCCUGGGUAGAAUUUGGAAACAAAGAGGCCACUUUGAUUGGAAUAUUAGGUGGGUGGUGGGUUCUGGAUUGUUCACCAUGUUCUAAACACGCCUCUCUUCUUGGAAGCAGUAGUAUGGCUUCCUAUUUGCGGUGGUAAAGGAAGGGUGGUGGAUGUUUUUGCAUGGAGCACUCGCAAGACCCGAUUUUGUUGCUUUUCAGCCAAAGCCUGCCGAAGACCAGUACAUGAUUCACAUGCUUAACUUAGCAGCUGCCAUUUUCUAGUUACAAGCCUCUGAUCCAUUGAAAGUUAAAGCUCCCCAUCCCAUUGGUUUUGUAUAACGUCCAUUCUCCUCUCUUUUUCUCUCUCAAUAGGGAUGUCUAUAGUUGAGAUACGGUUGGGCAUUUGAUUUAAAUGUGAAUGCAAUAAGUCACGUCUGAUGACAGAUCUGAUUACUGGUCGGAUUCAGACAUGGUUUUAGGAUUUAUUUACGACUGGAAAUCCAAUCCAGCAGAGGUAUUAGUCCCGUUACAUGUAAAAAGUUAGUAUUUGCUUUUAUACUUGAUAUAUUCCAAAUUCAACUC